AUAGAACUCACAGCGCACUCGUUGGCGGGAAAUAUUCUAAUUGAAUUGUUUUGUAUUUCAUAUUUACAUAAGGACAUAUGUUAUUUAAAAUAAUUCUAUUCAUGUAUUGAAAGUAAUAGUUGAAUUUGUUUAUUUUUUUGUUGUAAUGGAUGAUGAAACUAUUUCUGUUUCAAAGGGUGUCUUUGUAUUUUCUAAUGAAUUCAAACCAUCUUCCAAACGAGAAAAAGGAAACAAAAGACAAACCUUCUCCCAAAAUGUUUCCUUCAAAAACUCUUUGUUCUCGUCAAACUUAUGGUACAGAUCAUAUUCCACUUUAUGGAGAAGCAUUGAAGAUGAAAUUGAGUAUUUGAACAAUACAAUGUUUGAAAGAGUAUUGGAGAAACUUGUUGGCUUUGUCAAAACCUGUCACUAUAAUGAAUCUGAAGAAAUUCCUACAGCUGUUCUAUUAACAGGUAUCAACAUGCCAGAUCAUGCAGUUCAAUUCACUGCAUUCUCUAAACAAUUAAAAGACACUGUUACUCCUCAUGUAGCUUGUUUGUAUAGCCAAGAUGCUCAAAAUAUCAAAUAUCUAAUGGAAAAUAUGAUCAAUCAAUUCAUAAAUGAGACUAAUGAUUGUUUAUUUGAGGAGGUAAGUUUCUUAAACUUUACAUUAAACCAGCGAUCUAUUCUUGACUAGUGAAUUUUUACAUUC